AUGGCUACCUGGUCUACAGACAGUAGACAGAAGAUCCUACCUUUUAGCCUGGGCGUACCAUCGCGCUCGCGGACCGAGGUGCAGCAAGUCUUACCAAAGCUCAUUGGGGUUUUGAAGAACUAUGAAAAGGAGAUUAAUGAGGUAGUGCACGAUGUUUCCAAGGGUAAGGCUGCUGUCUUUAUCUAA